AAUCGUGUAAACAAGACUCCAUUCAGUAAAUAAAUGAAGGAAACUCACCACCUGUCAAUGUUUAUAUUCUGGCAGGUCUCGUACAUUCUCGUGACCUUGAACUUUACAGCUGUUUUGAAAAUACUAUUUCAAUAAAUUACCCUCUUUCACCUCACAAAAAGUAUUAAACACAUGCAAACUAAUAUAACAGUUCAAAUGGCUGAGAAUGUUUUGCUAUGACAGUCCGUAAAAUGGGAUCAAAUGUACUUUCUAAAAAGAGUACCAUUACUCAUGGUCAUGUGACCUUCCGCGAGAAGUGGAAUUCGCCAUUUUGGAUCUCUCGGAAAUCAAAAUGAAUUUAGUCAAAAAUUUAUGAAAAUCUCGAUUGAUAUCUUAUAUACAGCUAUGUAAGCUGUAUAGUCUUUAUAUCAGAAUGAUUCUUCAAUAAAUUAAUAAAUGUACAUGACUCAAGUCUCUCAAAGAUUGGAAGAAAUUUAUCUUCAAACUUGAAACUGAAAUCAGUAAGAAAAAAGAGGUGGAUCAUCUUAUUUGAUUGACAUACAGGAAGUGUAAAGAUGAAGAAAUUAUUCUCUAAGAUAGAUUCUAGUCAGCAGAACAGCCACACAGGCAAGAUGUUCAAUGUGGGAAGACACACUGUUACCGUGGAAGAUACAAUUGCAGAAGGUGGCUUCGCUAUUGUAUUCCUGGUGAAAUCUACAUCAGGGCACCGCUAUGCACUGAAGCGUAUGUAUGUGAACAAUGAUCAGUCCCUGGGGGUCUGCAAAAGAGAGAUACAAAUAGCUAGCUCAUUAUCUGGCCACAAGAACAUCAUCAAGUAUGUUGAUCACAGUAUUACAAAGCAGAACAAUGGUGUUUAUGAAGUACUCUUAUUGAUGCAGUAUUGUAGAGGUACCGUGAUUCAGCAGAUGAAUGACAGGCUCAGUAAUGGAUUCACUGAAAAGCAAGUAUUGCAGAUCUUCUGUGAUAUGUGUGAGGCAGUGUCACGGCUACAUCACUGUCAGACACCUAUUAUACACAGGGAUCUCAAGGUUGAGAAUAUCUUAUAUGAGGACAGUGGUAACUAUGUCCUCUGUGACUUUGGCAGUGCCACAGCCAAGCAAUUAAAUCCAGACAAAUAUGGCGUCAAACAAGUAGAGGAUGAAAUACUAAAGUAUACAACAGUCUCCUACAGAGCCCCUGAAAUGGUAGACCUCUACAGUGGGAAGACCAUUACUACUAAGGCUGAUAUAUGGGCCCUGGGAUGUAUGUUGUUCAAACUGUGUUAUUUUUCUCUGCCAUUUGGAGAGAGCACCUUAGCAAUACAGAGUGGGAAAUAUACCAUACCUGAGAAUAGGAGUUACCCUAACUUACAGAAACUAAUAAGGUAUUGUCUUGAAGUGGACUAUGACAAAAGGCCUGACAUCUUCCAAGUCUCUGCUUUGGCAUUCCAAAUUGCAAACAAGAAGUGCCCUGUACAGAAUUUAAAUAAAGUUGCCAUUCCAGAUAUUAAUCAACUUCAAGCAAGUUGUGAUCAACAAACUACAUCAAAUGACAGGAACACAUCCAGUGGAAAAAGAUCAGAUGACCCACGUACAACUGUUGCUCCCCGGCAGCGGCCCAAAGGCAACCUAACUCCUACAGUUGCUCCCACAGGUCUCCCCAUAGCAACUACAGUGAACCCUAGGGCUAGGCCUGGGGCCACUGUUACCACACCUGUUGCAGAGCUACCAAAGCAGGUGGUGACCCAACAGGUUCAAAGACAGCAACCUGUUCAGCAGCAGCAAGCAGUGCAAAAUCAGCAAAUGCAACAGCAAGCACAGAAACAAGCACAGCAGCAACAGAUGCAGCAGCAACAGCAGGCACAGCAACAACAAAUGCAGCAGCAACAGGCGCAGCAACAGGCGCAGCAACAACAAAUGCAGCAGCAACAGGCGCAGCAACAACAAGCACAGCAACAGGUACAGCAACAACAACAGGCUGCUCCUCCUCAGCAGUCAUACAUGGCUCCUAAUCAGAUGCAAGCCUUGAAACAACAAUAUAUGCAACAACAGCAACAACUCUACCAGCAACAAAUGUACCAACAGCAACAGCAACAACAGACUUUCAUUCCACAGGCGUACAAUCAGCCUGUCACAAACCUUAACCAACUAAAUGCAGUAUUCAACCAGCAACCCCAGCAGUAUGCACAACAGCAGGUGAUGAACAGCACACAGAAUAAUGUACAGCAACAGCAGUAUGUUCAAUCACAGCUGCAGCAGCAACAGGUCAAAGACACAUGUGCCCCAAUUCCUCCUAGCCAAUCCCAGCAACCAGCCGUAGUGAAUGACUUACUGAACAUUGAUUCCCAACCACAGCCUGUGGCUGAUCUACUAGGUAUUAACACACAACAAAGCUUUAGCCAACAACAACCAAAUUCAGACAUUGCCAAUAUAGCUCCUAGUCAACAGCAGGUAUUCACAGAUGCUGCUGCUGCUAACAGUGCUGGGAACUUUGCAGGGGGAACAAAUUUUAUACCUGGGAAUAAUUUUAGUGAUGAUUUUAAUGAAGAAGAUGAGUUUAAUAACCUAGCAGAAAGGAAUAUCGUCAAGUCAAAUCCAGUUGUGCAGAACAAUUCGCAAUCAUAUGGACAAAGUGUACAGCCGUAUGAUAAAAACUUUCAGUCUUAUGAUAAGAAAACGCCACAACCUUUUGACCAAAAUCCACAGUCUUAUAACCAGUCAUCCAAGAAUCCCCAAUUAUACGGCCAAAGUUCAUCUCAGUCAUCAUCAGAUGAGGGAACCUUUAAACAACCCUUGCCUCCCAAAUCCAAGCCUAAAGUUCGACAGCAGGCAGACAAAGAAGCCUUAAUUGAUGAGGACACUUCGCCAAGUUCAUCGCCAAAGGUCAGUAAAGGUCACAGAAGAAAUGUCAGCGACACAGCAGCUCUUGUCACAGAUUCAAAUAGACCCAGUGCUUUCAGGAAAUAUUCUGGAAAUGGUGCUGGAUUACUCACUCCACUUGAAAACCAGUUGAAACAAAAGUGCAAGUCAGCGUCCACCACCCCAACUCAUUCCCCUACUAGAAUUCUAGAACGUCCAAGUUCAGCAGAUGUUACUGUGUGGAACCCAUUUGGUGAUGAUAACUUUGGCUCUAUGUCAGAGGAUAUCAUAUUUGGUGCGGAGUUUGAUAGGCUGAAGCGUGGAUCCAAUAGUAGUAUAUCAGGAGUGAAGAGUCGAGAAGACCUGGUUAUGUCCAACACUGAUCUGUCUGCAGACCCGUUUGAUGCUGCACCAUUUAGUAAACCAGCAAAAUCUGAUGAAACAGGAAGUGGUUCUAAAGCAGAUGGAGGUUCUAUUAAGCAAUCAACCAGUGGAGGUUCUGAAGAUGUUGUUAAACAUAAGCGAGACAGCAAGUCCCAUGAUAUCCUUGCCAACACACCCUUCCUGAAGCACAUCACUGGUGGCAGUGACAAAUCCCGCUACCACCAUCUGGUUGAUACAGAUGAUGACCAAGACAAGGCUGCUGCUCCACCACCAACAACAAAAGAGACCCCCACAACUGGUCGCAAAGCUUUAAUUGAAUCCAGCUCAGAGGCUCCUGAAGUUGAAGAUGUACGGCUCAGAAGAAAGCAGCAGGUUGAUUAUAACUACCAGGCUUUAGAUAAUGAAUAUGGGAGUAAAAAGACACGGAGUAGUGAUGAUUAUGAUGAUGGCUCAUUAGAGAGGAGCGUAGAAGGGAAGCAGCAACGUAAACCCGACUUGGAACAACAAGACAGGAUAGUAGGACAUGAACAUGGGGCCAGGUCUCUCCUAGAGGAUGAUGAGUUGUCAGAUGUAGACCUAGGGGGAGAGAGCAAUAUGGGGGUGAAGGAAGAGAGGCUUGAAAGUGGGGGGUCAAGUGCAAUGAGUGGAUUCAGCAGCACCCACGAGAGUGGCCUCAGUCCUGCUUUAUCUCCCCACUCUUCAAAAACAACUACACCAAGUUUAGAUCAAGAUCCCUUUAAAUCCGCUCCAUUUCCUAAGAGCUCAUCAAAAAAGAAAAAAUCGUCCAAGCAGAGCUUUAAAAAAGAUACAAAUCCAUUUGCAAAUGCUCCAUUCAGAAUGCGCCCUGGUUCCGCAAGCCAUGAGGCUCCCAAUCAGGGACUGAGUAAUCCAGCGGCUGUAACAGGGUCAGCACGUGCCAAUUUAUUUGGGGUGUCCCCCACAGAGACUCCAACUGAAGAAGAACCAGGAGGUGUGAAUAGAAGCGUAUCAGUGCCUAAUACACUACCUCUCUUGUCCCAUAUAGAAUCAAGGGCACUCUCACAGAGUCCUGAUGUUGUAUAUCUACAAUCGGCGGCUAAAGAUGCUUCUCCCAUGACGCCAGAUGUCGAUUUAUUCGGUUCAGGACAUUUUGCCUCAAUGGAUUCCAACCAGUUGGCUUACGAACUGCAAAAACAGCAGCAUCUAAAAGACCGCUUGAGUCAAUCAACCAAUACCUUCUCAGUUCCUCCGGGGGCCUCUAAAGGGAGUAAAAUGCCAGUUAGUAAAUCAGCGCAUGAUAUAUUUGGAGCAGUGCCAUUCCAGGAUAUGCAGUAUCAGUCCAGUACCCCCAGUAAACCCAGUCAGUUAGUUGAUAGCCAAAAAGCUGCCUCCUUACAUCAACUAGAUGCAAUCACUCCAGCCAAAUUAGACCCUAACAUGAAAACUCACUUGACAGUUUCUGAUGAACACAUUACCCCUGAUACCCAGUAUGGUUCUCUGAAACGGAAAAAGCAUAAAUCAAAGAAAAGCCCUAAAGAGGAAGUUCCAGUUCAGGGGUUCGCUAAUUUAAGUUUCCGUGAGGAGGACUUAUUGGAAGACGAGGUUCCAUAUCCUGUGCAUGAUAGUACUUCCCAAAAUCCCCCUACACCAGGGGAAAACUCUUCGGGUGGUAGGAAUACUCUCCCCCGGGCGGGGAAACGUCAAGUGGCCUCCUCACCCCUAGCUCAAUCAUUUAAUGCUGCACAAAAGCCAGCCAUGGUGUACAAUAAAUAAUGCCAACUCAUGUAGAAUUAUUAUGUACAGUACAUCAUAUAGAUGUGUUCAAAACAUUUUCGAUCAUUGUGUACAAUAUGUUGGAUAAUUGUCUACAAUAUUGUCUACAAUAUAUUGUUAACAAUUUAUUCUUAUAUGAUUGUGUACAAUAUAUUGGAUAAUUGUGUACAAUUUAUUGUAUAAUUGUGUACAAUAUAUUGUAUAAUUGUGUACAGUAUAUUGUAUAAUUGUGGACACAAGAUAGCAUAAUUUGAUUCAUACCUCUGAAAAUGUUUAUAUACACUAUGUGAAUGACAUCGCAUAAAGGCCUUAGGUUACAAAUCUGUAUAUAUAUUUUCAGUCAUGGCUUGGAGAAUCAUCCAAGAAAAUAUAUCAUUACUUGUGUAAAUUCUGGGUCAUGAUUAAUAGUAUACGGGAAGAUUGCAUUAAUCAGUGGGGCUGCCCAGGAAGUUAGGGGUUACCUUACUAUAUUUUGUCUUUAAAAGCUUACAUGUAAAAUGCUUCACUUAUCAUUAUCUGUAGUCUAGACACUGGGUUAAAUUGCUUGUUUAUUGUUUGAAAUAGCCAUGUGGUUUGCUAUGGUUUAGAAUCUACAGGGAAUGUUUCAUUAUAUUCUGAAUUCUAGCCUAAGCCUGGUGGCUUCAUUAAAAUAUGUUUCAUAAAAUGAUUUAUUUAGUGCUAGAAUUUAUGUUAAAGUGGACACUGUAAUGAGUACAGGGUGAUCAUAAAGUAAAAUGAAAUGUGCUCUAUAUAGUUUUGCACAAAUUAUGCUGAUGAAAUAGAUGAAUACACCAAAUUGAUUAAAGAUUAUUUUAUUAUAAUAAAUAACAACCAUUUGGAUUCAUUGUUAAGAUUUAGUAAACUUGAAUUAUUCUUGAUGCUAUCUGUGUAUUUUGCAUUGUUAUUUGUUAGCAUGUAAUGCAUUACCAAUGAAUUGUACAUUAAGAAGCCAUAUCUAGUAUUUGAGGUGUUAUGCUGAUCUUUUAUGUAUAUGUAUUUUUUUGAUAUAAUGAUCGUUAUGAUUUCUCUUCUUUUUUGUUUGAUACAAAACAUACAUUUGUGAAGUGACAUGUUUUUGUGUUUCAAUAUGUGAUUCAAAAUUAGAAGUUCAUUUGUGUGAACAAAAAAUGUUAAUAUUAACAAAUAAUGAUUGUGCCAAAUAUUGUAAUUCAUUGAAGCCUGGUAGCUUACAUUGAUUGUGCUCAAUGAUUGAUUGUGCUCAUUGAUUGUGCAACUGAAUGAUGCAUCCAAUAAUUGAUUGUGUCCAUUGAAUGUGUCCAAUGAUUAUGGGAACAAGAAAACUUUGAGAUAGUCAUUGUUGAAUAAUUUUCAUCCUCUUAAAAUAAAUUUUAUGUCUCAUGAUCUACUUAAGUUUUCAUAAAUUUCCUUAUGCAUACCUUAGGCCAUUGUACUUUAAACAGAACAAUGAGAGUUUCCUCAACUCCCAUAAGUUCUUUAGCAAGAAUUUUGUUUCAUACAAUUUAACCUGUAGUAUUCCUGGUGGAACUGGUGGAACAUCAUCUCUUGCAACAUAAUUCUUUGAUUUAUUUAAAUGCCUACUUACACCGAUACCUUUUGUAGGCUCAAAACUGUUCACUUUGUACAUGUUUUACUGUAUUAAGUAUAGUUUGAAAUAACUUCUUGAAUUAACCUGCUGGUCAGAUCAAGUAGAAUUCGUAACUUGUGAAUGUAUUGUUUUCUCAAAUGCCAGGUCACAAAAAUCAUGUGGCUUUAUGUCAUUGCAAAAUAUGUAAGUGUUUCUCAAUGAACUAUCUAUUAUGUUUUGCUUUGUUACUAUGUCAGUCUGUGUAAGGUGUCUUUGUAUGUACUGAUUCAUAUGUUUGCACAGUAUGCCAGUUAUGCCACAGGGAUAUUUGUGUCUCAUAUUGUGAUACUUUGUCUUUGGAAUGUUGGAAUGAAUUCUAGGUCAAAAGCUAUUCUAAUAAGUGCCACACGUAGAGCAAUAAUUUAAAAUGCUUAGUAUGGAAUUUGAAAAUGAAAUUGUUAAAUUGUGGCCCAAUAAUAUUAAAUACCAAUAUAUGUUCCCUAUCGAGGUCCAUAAUGUUAUGAUUUUGGACAAACUGAAUUCAAAGACUCGGCAAAUUAUGAGUGUAUUACUAAUACUUACAGAGACUCAAUUGUGGUGAAUAACACAUCAAACAGUCCAAGAUAAAGGUUAAAAUAGAGUUAACUUUUGCAGAUUAGCAUUAAAAAUUUCAUAACCUAAUUCAACACAUCACAAUGAUCUCUAUAUCAUAGAUAUAUGAGCCAGGCCAAAGAAAA